UUCAGUCUCAGGCUGUGUCAUGUCCCGCAGUAGCUGGGCAGAGUUCCCAGCAGGACGCCGGCUCUCAGCAUGGAUCAGGGAACCAUCCUGGUGAGGUUCCUCAGGCACAUACACAACAAGAAACACAGCAAAGAGGAGACCAUCUCGGGGGAGUUUCUGAGAUUGAAAAGACAGUCAGUUAAAAACAAGAAUGACAAAGUCUACCCAACGGGUUAUGCAGAGAAGCAAGAAAACGUCAAGAAAAAUCGUUACAAAGAUAUUGUACCCUUUGAUCACAGCCGAGUGCAGCUGUCACUGAUCAUUUCCGACAGUGAUUCUGAUUAUAUCAAUGCCAAUUUCAUCAAGGGAGUGUAUGGACCUAAAGCUUAUAUAGCAACACAAGGUCCUUUGCCCCAUACAGUGACGGACUUCUGGAGGAUGCUGUGGGAAUAUAAUGUCCUGGUCAUAGUUAUGGCGUGUCGUGUGUUUGAGAUGGGGCGGAAAAAGUGUGAGCAAUACUGGACAGACAUGGGGGAGGAGCCAUAUCGUUGUGGUCCUUUCUGUGUUACCUGUGAAGAAGAGAAGACCAAACCAGAAUAUGUCAUUAGAACAUUGAAAGUUCAGUUUCAAAAUAUCUAUCGGACUGUGUACCAGCUUCACUAUAUCAACUGGCCAGAUCAUGACAUUCCAUCUUCAAUCGACCCUAUCUUGGAAUUGAUCAAGGACAUGAGGAGUUAUCAACCAGACGAUGACAAUCCCAUCUGUAUCCACUGCAGUGCUGGCUGUGGAAGGACCGGUGUGAUCUGUGCCAUUGAUUAUACCUGGAAGCUGCUGAAGGAUGGGAUAAUUCCAGAAAAUUUCAGCAUUUAUGACCUGAUUCGAGAAAUGAGAACGCAAAGACCAUCAAUUGUACAAACCAAGGAACAGUAUGAGCUGGUCUACAGUGCAAUCAGCGUUCUAUUUGAGAAGCAGCUAGAAGUCCUCAACACCAACGCGACCUUCUGUGAAGAUGAGGUCAGGAGACUGUCUCUUGGUGCAUUAUCCAAGCUGGACCAGAUUAUUGAGCCCUCUGUGGAAUUAGAGAGACCUCAGCGGCCACCAAAAUCCAUUUCUCUUUCAACAAACUCAUCACAUCACAGUUCACCAAAAGAGGAAAGGAGUUUGCGAUUCAUGGCACAAGAGACCACUGGUUUACAAUCCUCAGAACAACACAACCAGUUGGAUUUCUGCUUCCUUGGCGAUGACCAGGCUUGUGGAUUAAUCACAGAUUUGAACAGCAGCCCCAGUAAUUGUAGCAAAGUCUCUCAGUUACCCGAGGACAAGACCCCUUGUAUCACAAGAUGUUCUCCAGAGAUAAGGCCUGAAAGGCAGCUGAGUUUGGACAAUGUUGGGACAUUAUGGGGAGAACUGUCCCAGGACUCGGCAAGACAGACGCAGGAGACAAAAGAGUUUACAAGCAAGACCUGUUUGACCAGAGUAAAGUCGAACCCCUUUUCCACCAUGAGCCAGGAUAUUGAACACCCCAUGGAAUCACUUAAAGUUAAGCAAUAUAACUUCUUUUCUUUGGAAGAUCUACUGAAUGUCUCAUCCAGUGGCUCUUCCUCAUCCAGAUCAAACAGUUUACCAGAAACAGGAAAGACCUGGAACUACUGUCAUUGUGAAUCCACUCAGGAAGAGAACCCCAACAUUCUUGAAGACCCAGAGGAACAAUUCUCCGUGCAUUUCACUUCCCCUGCCCACUUCGAGUCCACUUAUUUCACCGAAGAUCCUUAUUUCUCACCUCCCAACUCGGCUCAGCUCCAGGAGAAUCGCCUCUCGUACUUGGAAUCCCCCUGCCAUUACCUCGAUAAUCUGAACCCGAUCCAGAGUCGAUCCGAGAACGAUUACAGUGAGCUGCCGUUAUUCCCGGGAUACAUGGAAUCUGCUCUGACCCAGCCACAGGAGGAAGAAGAUCAUCACACUGCCGUUGGAGUAAAGGAAAAUCAUUCCGAUGAAGAAACUCCUCCUCCUCUGCCAGAAAGAACCCCUGAAUCCUACAUGCUCCCAGAUAACCCCGAGUUGGUACCAAUUCCUUCAGCAUCUCGGAAAAUUGGAUCAUCUUCAGAAUGGAGUGGAUCUACACAGCUCAAGACCUUUGUGGAAUCCAAAAAUGUGAAGACACGGAGUAAGAGUUUAAAGUUGAGAGCUUUUAGAUUGGAAAGAAAAUGUGACACAUUAUCACUUCCAAAUGCAAUCACCUUGCCCCAGUCUGGACCACUUUCAUUACCUGAGACUGACAGCUCCAGAUCAUUAAACGAUUCCAACAAGCCUUUUGCAAGGAGCAAGAGUUUGAAAAUUCUCCGAAGUAUGAAAAAAUCCAUAACCAGUGUUCCAGCAUUGUCCAAGGCUUCAGAGAGUGAACCAAGCACAGAGCACAGUCGCUCAUUUCUGAACUUUGGUUUUAAGAGCCGCUUUGUGAAACCCAAAGGACCAAGAAAUCCUCCUGAAGACUGGGUCUGACACAGCCUCCUCUGUGAAAUACCCACACAUCCUGAAACCAAAUGGGACAAAACUCAUUCCUUGGGAUCAGGCUCGCCUUUUGAUUUAAUUGGUCUUCCACAGGCUGCAUAAUUCUUCUUAGAGGAAAGAAAAGGAUUAUUCCUCUCCUUUUAAAGGGAGGAAUGCACGACUGAGUGAGAUCACAUUCUCUGAGAUGGUGCCCUUCCAAGCUUCGCUUCCCCACAGUUUCUCUCCUGAGUUCCUGAACAGCGAAGGAUUCUGUGCCUCGCUGAGGAACAGUUUCAAUAACUCAGGAUCACAAUCAGAAGUAUUCACAUUGUUGAAUCUUAUAAACUUGAACUGUUGCACCCUUUGAAAGAUCAAUGGCUCAUUUGUGCUUCUCCUCUGUAGAAGCACUUGUACAUGAUUAAGGAAAUAAUCACACACUGAAAGCAGGAUAUGUAUGUGCAUCUACAUGGCAAAAAUACAGUGAAUGACAGGUUUACAUUUGCAGAGUUAAUCCUUUUCUACUGACAGGCAAUGUCUUUAUCUACCAUUUGUAUAUUUUCAAUGGGUUUGGAGAUGAAUUUCUCAUAAAUAUAUUUAAAAUCCAAA